AUGUAUCGAUUACAUAUACGUCGUUGUUUGAGCACAUUGAUUGAUUACACGACAAAAAAUGAACCAAUAUUAGAAUAUCGACCGAACAGUAAAGAAUGUUUAACAUUGAAGAAAACAUUAGACAAGUAUUUAUCAAAGACAACGCGUAUUCCAUGUAUAAUUGAUGGAAAAGAAGUGUGGACAGACGAUGUACAACGUCAAAUUGUGCCAUUUGAUCAUAAAACAACAAUAGCUGAAUAUUGUUAUGCUGAUGAAAAUGUACUACAAAAGGCUAUUGAUAGUACUUUAAAAAAUAGAAUCAAAUGGGAUAUGUUACCAAUUGAACAGCGUGCAAAUAUCUUUCUAAAAGCAGCUGAUCUUGCAUCCACAUCGUGGCGUUCAGAUUUAAUAGCGACAACAAUGCUUGGACAAGGAAAAACAGUUUUUCAAGCGGAAAUUGACGCGGCAUGUGAAUUAAUUGAUUUUUGGCGUUUUAAUGUGCAAUUUCUAGCUGAUGCUCUGAAAUAUAAACCGAUUAGUACAAGUGAUUCUGAUAACACAUAUUCUUAUCGUGGACUGGAAGGUUUUGUUGCUGCGAUAACGCCAUUUAAUUUCACGGCCAUUGGUGGACAUUUAGCUAGUGCACCAGCGAUGAUGGGUAACACUGUAUUAUUCAAACCAUCUGAUACGGCUAUGUUAUCCAGUUAUACUGUCUUUAAAAUAUUACAAGAAGCGGGUCUUCCACCUGGCAUCAUCAAUUUUGUUCCAGCUAAUGGUCAAGUGUUUGGAAAAACAAUCACAAAAUCACCACAUCUCGCAGCAAUUAGUUUUACAGGAUCUACAGCAACAUUUAAAACAUUAUGGAAAUGGGUUAGUGAAAAUCUUGAUAAUUAUCGUUCCUUUCCACGAUUAAUUGGUGAGUGUGGUGGUAAAAAUUUUCAUCUUAUUCAUCCUUCUGCUGAUCCAACAACGAUUGUUUAUGCUACAAUACGUGCAUCAUUCGAGUAUAGUGGUCAAAAAUGUUCAGCAUGCAGUCGUGUCUAUUUACCACGUUCAUUAGCUCGAUCGUUUUUCGACGAUAUGAAAAACAUUAUGGAUAAUGAACUGAAAAUAGCCUCCCCGUUAGAAUUUGAUACAUUUUCAAGCGCUGUUAUUGAUAAUAAAUCAUUUGAUCGUAUAAAAUCUUAUAUUGAUUAUGCAAAAUCAUCAUCAUCAUCAAAAAUCAUUGCUGGUGGAUUGUGUGACAAUCAUAACGGUUAUUAUAUACAUCCAACUAUGAUUGAAACGAAAAAUCCAAAUGAUAAAUUGAUGACAGAAGAGAUAUUUGGUCCCGUAGUGACUGUGUAUGUUUAUGAUGAUAAAAAAUUCGAUGAAAUUGUUGAUUUAGUUGAUCACACAUCAUCCUUUGGAUUAACUGGAUCAAUAUUUUGUCAAGAUAAAGCAGUAUUGGAGAAAACAAAAGAACGUCUACUUCACUCGGUAGGCAAUCUUUAUUUGAACGAUAAAUCAACGGGCGCGGUUGUUAAUCAACAACCAUUUGGUGGAAGUCGUUCAUCGGGAACAAAUGAUAAAGCUGGUGGACCACAUUACAUACUACGGUGGACAUCACCUAUAUCAGUGAAAGAUAUGAAACAGCCACUGAAUACAUUCAAACAUAUUUCUAUGGAAAAGUUAUCAAAGAAGAUAUGA